AGGACCUGUCAUUUCUGCACUUUAGAACAGAACAAUAUCCACAAUGGCUGCGAGGCUACGUCUUCUGGGGAGAUCAGUUCAACAUCUCAAUAAAGUCUGUUCCAAGCAUGCCCCAUGUGUGUCUACCAAGACCCCCUUAUGGAGUGGAGUUCAGUCUAGGUACCAACACAGCCAGCCAGAUGCCGGAGGAGAGCCGCUACGCCCAGAGCCCUCUCAUGCCAAGACCUUAAUGGACAUAGGCACAAGACGUAUCUUCUCUGCUGAUCAUGACAUUUUCAGGCAGAGUGCCAGGAAGUUCUUCCAACAGGAAGUAGUCCCUUACCAUGCAGAAUGGGAGAAAGCCGGUCAGGUAAGCCGGGAAUUGUGGGAGAAGGCUGGACAGCAGGGUCUUUUGGGUACCGCUAUUCGUGAAGAACAUGGAGGCAUUGGCGGUGACAUUCUGUCAUCUGCAAUCGUAUGGGAGGAACAGAUGUAUGUGAAUUGCACCGGCCCAGGAUUCAGCCUUCACUCCGACAUCGUGAUGCCUUAUAUCUCAAACUAUGGCAGCAAGAGCCAGAUAGAGAAAUAUAUUGCAAACAUGGCUGCCGGCAAAUGCAUUGGUGCUAUCGCAAUGACUGAACCUGGGGCUGGAAGUGACUUACAAGGAGUUCGCACAAAUGCCAAGAAAGACGGAAGUGACUGGAUACUCAAUGGCAGUAAGGUGUUUAUUACUAAUGGCUGGAUGAGUGAUGUAGUUAUCGUUGUUGCCGUCACAAACCGUGAAGCCCGUACCCCGGCUCACGGCAUCAGCCUCUUUCUUGUGGACAAUGGCACCAAAGGUUUUGUGAAGGGCCGGAAGCUGGAAAAAAUUGGUCUGAAGGCACAGGACACAGCAGAGUUGUUUUUUGAAGAUGUCCGACUCCCAGCUGAUGCUUUACUAGGAGAAGAAAAUAAAGGUUUUUACUACUUGAUGGCAGAGCUCCCCCAGGAAAGGUUGUUGAUUGCGGAUAUGGCCCUUGCUAGUUGUGAAUUCAUGUUUGAAGAAACCAGAAACUACGUGACGCAAAGAAAAGCGUUUGGCAAAACGAUUGCACAUUUACAGACUGUUCAGCACAAGCUGGCAGAGAUGAAAACACAGAUCUGUGUGGGUCGUGCCUUUUUGGACAGCUGUCUCCAUCUUCAUGCCGAAAAACGUCUGGACUCUGGCACUGCUUCCAUGGCAAAAUACUGGGCCUCUGAUCUCCAGAAUGCUAUCGCAACGCAGGGUGUCCAACUCCACGGAGGAUGGGGAUACAUGUGGGAGUACCCCAUUGCCAAAGCUUAUGUAGACUCUCGUGUUCAGCCAAUCUAUGGUGGUACCAAUGAGAUUAUGAAGGAACUCAUUGCAAGAGAUAUUGUGAAGAACAAAUAGUUCUCUUUUGCAGCCCGUGCUUGAAACCUGCCAUAGAGACUCACUUGAAAAGACAUUUUUGAUAUAUCAUCCCGAUUUAACAAAUACACAUCUAAAGUUUGUUGGUAAACCUAAUACAAAGGGGGGAAUAAAAUGCAAAAACUUUGUCAACAA